AUGCGUUGGCCAUGCGCAUGUAUGUGCGCAUACUGCACAUUGGCAUCUCCGUCGCUCACGUGCGCCGCAACUCGCACCGCGCACGCUCUGUCCUUGCGGGAGGCACGCGCGUGUGCGUCUGCUGCUGUGGACGUCUGUGUGUGCGCUGCCACCCCGCCUCUUUUUCCAUCUCGCGUUCUGCCGUGCAUUGUGUUGCAGAUUUUCAAUAACGCCAUGUCUGCGGACGGCCCCAGCGUUGAUGCCCCUCUUCCCAUGGUGGCCGAUAUUGUGGAGCGUCAUGUAGAUUUCAUCUCCAGCACAGCGGCAGCUUCGUCUCCGGCGCUCGUUGGGCCCGCGCUGCGUCCCAUUCAAGCAAUCCCAGGCCAGGCCUUUCCGGUGGUGAGGACGCGAUACUUGUACGGCCGGCAGCGUACAGUUGCGGGCGAGGCAACUACUCAUCUAUCAGCGCUGCAGUCCUCUCAGGCAUCGUUGCCUUCCGCUUCCGCCGCCGCACGCGUCACAGGCUUUAGCGCACAUGUGCAGCCCCGCGAUGCCAUCACCGCAUCGGCAGACCCGUACGCGGCGGGCGGGGAGUUCUCGAACUUUCCUGGCACCCGUACGGGGAUGCAUGGUGGAGAGACGGAGCUUGUGCUUGCUGCCGGUGGCUCUGCUCAGCAGCGCUUGGCGGCACACCAGUGGUCUGUCUUGGAGUUUGAGCAGCUCAAAUUUGGCUACUACGUGAGACCUGUGGAUGUCUCUUACUCAAAAGCCGAUGACACUGGGAAGGAGGCGGCGGCCACCACGUGUCCCACCUCACCCGCGUCAUCGCCCUCUUCUUGUGUACGCGGUGAGGCGUUCUUCUCGUUGGUGUUUCAGUGCCUUCGCAGCACAGUGCGCAAACAUCAGCAGCUCGCGCUCGAGGUUCUCCUCGCACACCUGCGCGGCUUGGCGAUGACCACCACGGCGUCGAAGUCGGCAAGAAGGACGGAGGCGGUGGCGUUGCGAGACCGCUGCCUGCACGGCCCUGACUGUGCCCCGUUCGUCUUUUUCCUUCUCGAGAUUCUCGUCUCGGCGGGGCACCCGGCGAUGAUCGAGCUGGCUGCGACUUGCUUGCUGCUGCUGUUCCGCGGGAUGACUCGCGGUGAGCCGGCCGGUUCAACAGGGAGUACAGCAGCCCCGGCAUCUGUAGAGGACGCCCUCGGGGGCUGCAGCGCUGUUUCGCAUUUCGUGGAGGCCGUCGCUGAGCUUGGCAGCCCGGCAGGGGGCGCUUCGGAGGAAGAUACGGAGGAGGGUCUCAGCAAUGUCAGAGGCGUCGGCGUCGAAGGCAGCGGAGCUGAGGAGCCGGCAGAUGACCCUGAUCUCCCGUUUAGCGAGGUGUCGGAGCUGCUGCGCGGGCCAGAUGCCCGGCUGGGACUGGAGCAACUAGGCUUUACGAGCAAGGUGCUAGAGGCAAUACACCCGCUGCUGCGGAACGCCUCACCGGCUUCGAUGGUGGCGAGGGGCGAGGGAGGGGAAAUGGGUCGCGAGGGCGUCGAGAGCGAGGCACACCGAGUGUGCGUCGAACCGACCGCAACAUCGUCAACUCCUUCCUUCUCUUCCUCUCUCGCCUCGAUUCAUGUGGAGGUGCUCUUUCUGGAGCUGCUGCUCUGCGGAGGCGUCGGGGUGGGCCUGCGUGCGGCGUGUCGGCGCGUCACCGAGGACCCUGCCUUCCUGACCUGGGCUGAGGCACAGCUGUCGGCGGUGGUGAUGGGCCGCCGGCGACUCGAGGACAUUGCGGAGCUGCUGUGCGUGCUGCAGCACCUCUCGCACGUUCCGAGUGCGCUGCACACCCUCCUUUGCGGCUCCUCUGUGGUGAACGUUAACUUAACCGACACCCUUGACUGCGGAAGUGUGGCUGCCGCGGCGGCGCGUCAACAUGCACAACACCAAUUCUAUGAGACGUGGCUUCUUUUCUUUACUCUUGUCUGCUCCACAAGCGCGGCUGAGGUACGUACGGUGCGCCACGCAUCCGCCAUUCUGUGGUCGAUGCUCAUCCUUCGCGCAUGUGCGCGUAUGGGGCACAACAGGAGUGGCACCGGCAAUAAUGGCGAGACGGGCGAGGAGGACGCAGGGCACUCGAAACCCGCGGCCAGGCACAGCGGUUACGGCAUGGUGCAGGACGUCAGCGACACACUGCUAGCUGAGGGGAUGCACGUCGGCGGCGGCGUUGUGAUGGAGAUGUGGUUCCUCCGGUACGCGAGUGAAGAUGGCACUGCAAGCGCUGCUGGCCACGCAACUGGCAGCUUGGAGCACUACUUCCUCGAUGCUGCGCGGAUGGCGCUGCAUCUGUGUCGGUCUUCAGCGGGCACCGGGUCAUGUGUGACCCCGGCCGAUGUCUCCAGCCGUGACCGCCACGACGCUGUGCUCUUGGAGGCGACUGUGGCACAGCGCGUGUUGGCAGAGAUGCGAUGGACCGCCAGCGCACACUUCCUUUCCACUUACAUUGCGCGAAUGUGCCACCGCUCGCCGGCGGUGCGCUAUACGCUGUGCAGCACUGAGGGCGAGACGGAAGAGGCGGUGCAGCUCCUCUUGCGUUCAGUGGUGAUGGACGCCGGGCGGCUGACCAAGGCCUUUGCGCGCUUCACGUCUCCGCUACUGUCUACGCCAUGGUCGGGCAGUGCCGAUGGGCUUCGAAAGGCCGAUGCAGACGGAGCGCACCCCCACACCACCGGUGGCGACCUCGCAGCCGUCCCUGUCGGCGCUCCAACGCACCACCUAAAGGCUGUCUCCGCACAGGUCAGCGUUGUGUCUGCUAUCCGCGCAGUGGAGCGUUGCUGGCGGAGGGAGCCAUCAGGAAACACCGCGUCCAAUGAUCGCGCCGUGGAAGCGGACUCCGGUGGUCGCGAUCGCGCGCUGUUGUUUCUCUGUCUGGACGCUGCAUCGCUCUAUGCCAACACCCGCCUUGCCGCUGCUCUGGCGGAAGUGUUCCCCGCCAUCGCCGCUGACAUGGUAUUUGGCUACGCGGCACUACUCGCUCACGCGUUCGAGGAGGCAUUCCUCCGUAUGCGUGACGGCACCGCUGUGCGACUCCAGGUCGAUGAACUGUGCACUAUGGCAGAGGCCGUGCAGCUGUUGCAGCAUCUCGGCAACAGCGGCUCUAGCGUUGAGGCAGCAGUGCCGCGCUCGACCUUGUCUACCGCAGGCGCGCUUCCCAGCAACUCGCCGGCCGCACGCGAUACUCGUGAGGCGCGUAUCGCAGCUUUCUUCCUUGUCCACAGCGUAGCGGUGUCCAAGCGCUGUCUCGACGCUGUGCCCGUAUCGCUGCUGCUUCUCCUGCUGCGUCCUCAAGUGGAAGCCAAAACGAAGCAGGAGAGGGCUGCUGCUGCCCCCCUGGUACCCGCCGCUACGAGCACCGUUGAGCUAGUGGCUCUCAUGGACUCUCUGCAGUCGGGGAUCGAGCUCACGCCUGUCCCUGUCAUGCCAGGCAGCGGCGGCGACGCCACCGACACGUCUGCCUCGUUAUCCUCAGCGGCGGCGGUCUCCGUUAGUGGUGCGCCUCGUUGCUGGGCUCUCUAUCCGCUCUUCGACGCCUCUUUUACAGCCAAAGACGUGUGGGCCAGCUGGCUGCGCCGUCUUUUGGGCCUGCACCAACGCGUGAAGGACGUGCUUGGCUGGGAUGGAAUGCUGAGUCACGUGCUGCUGUGGACCCUGGCACAUCGUCGAGAGCUGUGGAGCACCGCUGGUGGCGACACCUGCGAAGGUGCAGAGUCCGGUGUGCGUACAUCAGCCCUCUCCCCCUCUUCGGCAGCCGCGUUGUGCGAGCUGAUGGUGGACCUGUGCGCCAUUCUGCAUGCACUGUCAGCUUUUUCCUGCGGCUUGCGCUGCUCUGCCGACUCGAGCACGGCGAUCUCCGCAGCUGCGUCACGCACACUGGAAAUCUCACUGGCGGCGUACAGCGACGCACCUUCUGAGGAGGGCAUGCCGCUGCUCCUCCACGCGCUUUUGGCGUACGUGGCGGCGCACUGUUCUGCCCGCACGGCGCUGGCAGCGCUGCAGGUGCUGCUCUGCAGCCCGGUUCUGCCACCCUCCUCCACAAUCGCUGCAGGCGUCGAGGCGCGUGGUGAGCCUGGCGACGAGCAGCAGUCUUCCGGCUCUCCAGUGCCGACAAGGCCUGGCUCACGCGGCACAGCUGCCACCGCGCAGGUGUGCGCCUGGCUGCAGUCCUGGGCAGCAGCGCAGGGGUGGCGGAUGCAAUCUGCUCGGAGCGUGUGCUGGAGUUUGGACGAUGUCGUCGCGCUUGUGCAGCUGGUGGGGCCUCACUUUCGAAACGAUAACUUCAGCGGCCGCAGCUGCGCGUACGAAGGGGGUGCGACUGAUCAACAUGGGACAGUGGACGCUGCUGCAGCAGAGGUGAUGCUGACUCCCACGGAUGCCGAUGCGAGGCUCGCUGCGAGGGAUGGCAUGUGGUGUGCGCGCUGCCUUACUGAGGGCCUCCUGCAGUACUACGUGCAGCAGCGCAUCGCCACCAGCGGAGGUCUCUCUAUGAUGGAGAAGAUGGUGCUUCGAUCGACGCUGCAGGAUCUGGAUUGGUACCCUUCCAUGCUUUGGCCCCAGGUGGAAGGCGAAUAA